AUGAGCAGCCGCCUUAGAAUUGACCCUUUAACAUUCAUACUGGAAGCUACUGUUUCAAAAUCCAAAACUAGUCAUGUACUAAAAAAGCAUUUCCCUGCUUUUCAGGUCCCUUUUUUUGCUUCAAUGGAUCAUCAACUACUGGAUGCUAUAUGUGAGAGACUGAGAUCUUCUCUAAAUACAGCAGGCACUUUCAUUGUUCGCGAGGGUGAUCCUGUUACAGAAAUGCUCUUUAUUAUAAGAGGGAAACUAGACAGCUCAACUACAAAUGGAGGGCGUUCAGGGUUUUUCAAUUCCAUCUUAUUAAGACCAGGGGACUUCUGUGGUGAAGAGUUUCUUGCUUGGGCCUUACUUCCAAAUGCUUCUAAUUUUCCGUCUUCCACUAGAACUGUUAAAGCACUAGAGGAAGUAGAAGCUUUUUCAUUGCAAGCAGAAGACCUCAAAUUCGUGGCAAACCAGUUUAGGCGUCUGCAUAGUAAAAAGCUUCAGCACACUUUCCGUUACUAUUCUCAUCACUGGCGAACAUGGGGAGCCUGCUUUAUUCAAGCUGCUUGGAGACGGUUUAAGAAGAGAAAGCUAGCUCAAAGCUUAAGCUCAAGGGAGUCAUUCUCAGGUUCUUUAACUGCAUCGAGUUCAUUUUCCCAAUAUGAUAAUGUUGAGUUUGAAAGCCAAGAACAAGCUCCUGAUGACAAUAGUGGUGAAACUGCAACGCCAUCUCAGGCUAUACAACAGCUUGGAGUCACUCUUUUGGCAAAGAGAUUUGCAGGCAAUGCACGAAAAGGCGCACAAAGAAACAGGGAUAUUGAUCUACCUAAGAUGAUGAAGCCUCAAGAUCCUGACUUCUUUUCUGAGCCCUGAAUACCAGCAAUCAGAUGUAAUAUAGGUCAUGCAAUUGUUGCUCCUUAGUCCUUGCUGUCCAAAACCAGAAAUAUGUAGAUGAACUUUACUUUUACCCCUCCUUUUUUGGGUGAUACGUUACUUAACUAUAG